CCCCUUUCCCAAGCACAUAAAACGUCACGUGACACGCACGACACCUCUUUUUCUCUUCUUACACAACCCUUUUAAAUACCCCCCUCACUCACCCUUGUUUUCUCCAUCAAACCACUCUCUAUUCUCAUUCCUAAUUUCUCAACUUUCUUUCAACUACUUUUCUUAUUCUCAAUCUCAAUACCAUGGCAUCUGACAAGAAGAUUAGGAUCGGUAUCAACGGAUUUGGAAGAAUCGGUCGAUUGGUUGCUAGGGUUGCUCUACAAAGAAACGAUGUUGAACUUGUUGCCAUCAACGAUCCUUUCAUCACAACCGAUUACAUGACAUAUAUGUUCAAGUAUGACACUGUUCAUGGUCAGUGGAAGCACUUUGAUCUUAAGGUUAAGGAUUCUAAGACUCUUCUCUUUGGUGAGAAGACUGUUGCUGUUUUCGGAACCAGGAACCCUGAGGAGAUUCCAUGGGGUGAGGUUGGAGCUGAUUAUGUUGUUGAGUCAACUGGUGUUUUCACUGACAAGGAUAAAGCUGCUGCUCACUUGAAGGGUGGUGCUAAGAAGGUUGUUAUUUCUGCACCAAGCAAAGAUGCACCUAUGUUUGUUGUUGGUGUUAACGAGAAGGAAUACACAUCAGAUCUUAACAUUGUUUCCAAUGCUAGUUGCACUACCAAUUGUCUUGCUCCCCUUGCCAAGGUUAUUAACGACCGAUUCGGAAUCGUUGAGGGUCUUAUGACCACCGUCCACGCCAUCACAGCUACUCAGAAGACCGUUGAUGGUCCAUCAAGCAAGGACUGGAGAGGUGGAAGAGCUGCUUCCUUCAACAUCAUUCCCAGCAGCACUGGAGCUGCCAAGGCCGUAGGAAAGGUUCUUCCAGUAUUGAACGGUAAAUUGACCGGAAUGUCUUUCCGUGUCCCCACCGUUGAUGUUUCAGUUGUUGACCUUACUGUAAGGCUUGAGAAGAAAGCAACCUAUGAUCAGAUCAAGGCUGCUAUCAAGGAGGAAUCAGAGGGCAAGCUCAAGGGUAUUUUGGGUUACACUGAAGAUGAUGUGGUAUCUACUGACUUUGUUGGUGACAGCAGGUCUAGCAUCUUUGAUGCCAAGGCAGGAAUUGCUUUGAAUGAAAACUUUGUGAAACUCGUUUCGUGGUACGACAACGAAUGGGGUUACAGUACCCGUGUUGUUGAUUUGAUUGUCCACAUUGCUAAUGUUGCUUGAUGAGGCUGGAGCUUGAAUGGCAUCAUUUGUUCUACAUUUUGUCUUACUGAAGAUUAUCAUAGUAUGAAUUUGAACUCGGAAUAAAAUUUUGUGUUGUUGUGAGUGAUGUCACUGAGACACAAAGUGUCUGCUUUUUUAUUUGUAUUUUGAAUUAAAUAGACGGCCUUAGGUUUUUUCUCCUCUUGUUUUAGAGAUGGAUGAUGACUUUUUCAUUUUGAUAUCUUAAUAUAAGCAAUAUUUUGUUUCCCA